CUAUAGCCCCGCCGUCAAACAGCUGGGGCCCACACGGACCCAGGACCAGGACCAAACCAGGGGAGUCAGGACCCUCCUCCCCCGGAGCCAGGCACGGGUGAUCCUGAUGUACCGAGAUGUCGCUGAGUGGUGGGACUGAGGAGGACCUGGGGGGAGAGGAUGGACUUUCAAUUGUUACAUAUGAAUCUGAUAUAGAAAAGAAACCCAAGAAGAAGAAAUCAAAUAAGCCACCCAAAUCCCCAAAAUCCCCGUAUCUCUCAAACACAUACUUGCAUCCAAAGAAGGCAGCUGUAUGGAGGUCAAUAAAGGGUACAGGGACUAUGCACAUGGAAAACCCAUCAGCCAAGGUGCCGAGAGAGAUGUGGGUAGCAUCACUUAAACAGGGUGCUGUUGUUCCCUCAGCUCUGUCCCAGUCACUGAAGACUGAGUAUAUCUCUGGAUACAGUCGGAACUCGAGCUACACAAGUACACCGGAAUAUCUGAAAGAAGCUCUUGGUAUGAAAAAGCCAAAGCAUUCCCGAUCAGCCAGUAAUGGUUAUGUCCCUGGCACUCCUGACUACAAGGAGAAAGAGGACAUGUACGAUGAGAUCAUUGAACUAAAGAAGAUGAUUCAAACCCAGAAGGCUGAGAAUUAUAUCCUGAAAACAAAGCUGAGACGAUCAGAGAAGGAAAACAGCAGGAAAGAGAAACAGAUUGACCAGCUGUUGGAUCCUUCCAAGAGUUCAGAAUAUGCCAGGAGUUUGAUUGAUAAAAAGAAUGAUACUAGCGAGAUUGUUAAUGGAUUAAAGAAGAAAAUCUAUAAAUUGGAGAAGCAGUGUAAAGAGAAAGACAGCAUAUUAAACAAACUCCAAUCUGACUUGAAGACCACUAACAUUGAAGAGAUGAAGAUUGCCACAGAGACUUAUUAUGAAGAGAUUCAGAGACUCCGACUUCUGUUGACUGAUAAUGAGCUUGCAGACAAGAAGUCAAUACCAGACAGCAGAGAAUCACAGAAACAACAGAAAGUGCUCAACUCAACCAUCCUCAGAUUAUCCAAAAGCCUUAAACACCUCCAAGAGGAGAAUAAAGCCUUGAAGGGUGACCUGGAUAAAGCAUUCCACAGCUCUUUUGCAACCAGCACAGCCCAAGGUUAUAGUGAGUGGAGCAAACAGAGGCUGGUGAGAAGGCUUCUGGAGUUGGAGAAGAAAGCUGAUGAUCAGGAGCGAGCCAGCUCACAAUCCAGGACGAAUAGCAGGGGUAUUGAACAGAAGCACAUGCAGGCUGGAUUUGCUCUGGAUCAAGUGCAGCAACAAGAGCAGCAGCAGGUCAAACAACAACAGGAGUAUAGCCAUCUCCGUGAACUAGUAAAAAAGCUGAAGGAGGAUCGCAGUCAUCUGCAGAAAGAGCUGGCCGCCAGGAAUACUGAAAUAAAUCAAGUAAUUCAGGAAAAGACAGUGAUGAAAAAGGAGCUGCACAAACUUAGAAAAACUCAAGCUGACAAGCCCCCAGAAGAAUACAGGAGGGAAAUCCGCUCCCUGACAGAAAAAAUAACACAACUGGAAGCAGACCUGGAAGAGCAUCGGAGAGUGAAACUGCACUGCAGUGACAUUGAUGAGAUAGACAGCACAAACAAUCAAUCCAUUCUAGGUUUGGCCAGGAAUCACCGGUCCACGCAGACCACUUCUGUUGGUUAUAAUGAGCAGAAACAGAAAUAUGACAGCGAACAAGCUGCAAAAACAAUCCAGAAGCACUGGCGCAGAUAUCAAAGUCAGAAAGAAGAUUCAGACCUAGAUGAGGCAAUUACUAUGAUUCAAGCGUCAGCACGAGGACAUUUUGCACGGAAGAAGCUUGAGAGCACAUAUUCUAAUUCUCAAGUUUCUUACAGAAACAAUAUUCAGAAACAAUUCCCAGAAGAAGAUGAGAGGAAUGAGGCUGUUUCUGUCAUCCAGUCCUCCUUCAGGGCUCAUCUGGCUCGGAUGCAAUACCUCAGAGAGAAUGCUGAGCAAAAGAAAUCUACAUGUGCUAGAAACACAGAAGAGACCACAAUUAGAGUGAAUAAAUCCAGCAAUGUCCAGCCAUGGUCAAAGUAUUCUGAAUACCUCAAAGACAAUAAGCAUAGUGAUGAAGAUGAAGAAGAAGCAGAACCUUUAAAGAAGUACAAAAUCUCACCAACUAGAUUAUCAUUGUCAAGAUCCAGACGAAACCUGCCUCAGACAUCAGUGGAAGUGGAAUCAGAUGAUUCCGAUGUGAUUGUUGCUUCGACAUCACGGCCACUAAGCCAUCUGGACUUCAACUUCUAAAGGCAGCACAUUGUGUUUCAGGGGUCUGACAAUCAUUCUGAAUGUGUGAAGGUGAAUGGGAGCUGAGUGUUUGUAGUGUUUAGCUUUUUAGAACUGCAGAAAUCAUGGUGUGUGGAGUGAGUUGAUUAUUAAGGAAAGGUUAAUUCUACUUUUAUAAAACAAAAUUUAAGACUGAUGAUUGAUUUUAUAAAGAGAAAAUUCAGGAAAUAAUCAGAUAAAACAUCUGGUGUGAAAAGAAGCUUGGUAAUAGGCUAAAUUUUGACAAGAGACUUGGAACCUAAUGUUAUUAAAAUAUGAGAGUCCAGACCAUGGUUUGCCCCCAAACCAGCCUGCUGGAGCAACUUUACAUAGAUAACUUUCUAACUGGUGACUUCUACAUAUGGCCAUCUAAAUCAGGAUCAUGAGAGGUUAUAAUAGAGUUUGCAGCAAAGUGUAAACAGCAACCCCACCAAGACAGCUGAGCACUACUGGAAAAGAAGGAAACUUAGGGAGCACCUCAGAAAGGAAUUGCUCAAAAAUAUCUCCUUAAGAAAAAGAUGGCAGUUUGGUGAGGGAUUCAGAAUCGACACAACUACUAUGGCACCCCUGUGAGCAUUGCAAGCCCCUUCUCCUGCCAAGAAGGUUGCUCCUGACACAGUUUGCUGGUCAACCCUAAGAGGAUAGCAGUAAAAUGGUCUAUCAUCAGGACCUUAAUUGCCUCCUCACCUUCAUGGAGCAAGUUGCCAAUUCCAGUGGCAACUCACCCCUGACAGGAAUUCCUGUUGUAUUCAUGAACUUUCCACUUCCCAAACCCAAUAUUUGAGGUCUGUGAAUUUAAAUCAAAUUUCACAAAAGCCUUUGAACCUGAAAUGUUAACUCUGGUUCUCUCUCCAAAUGAUUUUACUUGGCCUGCUGAGGGUUUUCUGUCAUUUCUCUCUUUAGGUUUACAAGAAAUACAAUAUUUUGCUUUUGUUUUAUUGAUUUAAUGAGUUUGUUUUCCAUUGCUGCCCAUAUUCUGGAAACUGCCCCUUGAAAUGGAAAUGAGCUGAUUCUCCAGCACUGAAUUUUUAACAUAAUAUUGCAUCACUUCAUCUUGAAAGGAAGCAACUCUACAGCACAACCCCACCAAGACAGCUGAGCACUAGUGGAAAAGAAGGAAACUUAGGGAGCAAUAAAAGUUGCAGAUUCCCACCUUGUAUUAGCUAUUUUACCAUGGAAUCUAAUAUAGGUAAAUAUUUAAGGUCUUUGACAAAAGUGUUGCAGCUGGAAUUUCACAGGCUGUUGCACCAAUCCUUGCACAUCCCUCCUUGUGCUGAACACCUACCAAAUGACCAUAGUUGUGAUGCACUAUUUAGCUAUAAUUAAAAUCUUGCUCCUUUAGACCUCAAUAAACAAGUUAUUAUUUGCCUACCACCAAUCUAUAAUUAUGAUUAUUCUUAAUCAUUGAUUACCUUGUUGGUUCCAGAAACAACUUUUUAAGUAAAGACAGGACAUUAAAUGUGCACAGAUGAUUUAUCCAGCAUCUGAAAGUUUGAGCCAUGUUGUACAGUUACCAAAUCCAGUUACCUGUUACCAGUCAGGAUUGUUUGCAAGAAGUUUGCCUUUUCCUAUCCCAGAUGAAACUGCUUGCAUAUAGUCUCAACCUAUUUCCAAAAGCCAAGUAGGUUCUCACACCCACUGUAUCAGCCAAUCAUUUCCAAUUUGGUCAGGACGUGUGAUGUUAAAUAAGUAGCCUUAUUUAAGUAAAAAAGCUACAAUCAACAGAGAAUAUACUCUCAAGGUUCUCCAGUAAAAUGCAAUCAAUGCAAUAUAGUGACACCACCAAAAUAUAUAAAUUAAUUCCCAGUUAAUUUCAGAGGUGUGGUUUUCAGGUGUAAUUGUUUGGGGAAUUACCUAAUAAUCUCCAUGCUGUCAUAGUGAUUUGGUGGUGGGAAAGUUAUUCGGUUGUGCGUGACAACACUUCCCAAUUUUAUUUUUAAAACUUCAUUCGAGGUUCCUUGUGGUGCAGUGGUAUUGUCCCUCAGAGCCAGAAAACCUGGGUUCAAGUCCCAUCUGCCCCAGCAGUAUGUAAUAACAUCUCUGCACAAAUCAAUUAAAAAUAUCAAUAAUCUCCAUGCUGAAUAGAAAUAUUGUGGUCACUAUAUGCAGCCUUUGAAAUAAUUCUACAGCAUAGUUCAUAAAUUCUAAUCUGUCACAUCUUUGACAAAGUAAGUAUAUUACUUGGAAAAAGUGGCAUCUGAUCUGGAACUUCAUGAGCUUGGUACGGGUACACACCAGUAGGAAAUAUCAUUUAGCAGUAACAUACAAUGCCUGUUCUCAUGUAAGCCACAUUGAACAUGGACACUAGCUGGCUCCCUGCAUAGGGGAAUGUAAAACAUUAAACUGCGAUGCCAUGCUGGAUGGGUACUUAACACUUCAGUGAUAACCAAAAUGACUACUGAAGGAUAGAUGUGCAGGAUUUAGAAAUGUGCUGGAGAUAAAGAUAAAAAAUGCCUGUCAUUCAAGUUUAAAUAUGGUUGAUAUAAAGAAUUUACUAUCUUUCUUAGUUAUGAAUCUGGUGCCAUUUGGAAAUUGGUGCACUUUGUGUGUCUUUGAUUCAUUCUUGUGUAUCCCUGGCAGGUCUGGAAGUUAUUGUCCAUUCUUAACUUCCCUUGAGGUGAUUGUUGGUUGUCAUUUUGAACUCUGGAGUCUGUAUGGUGGAAGUAUCUCCACAAUGAUGUUAUAAAGCAAUCUAGGAUUUUUAUCUCACAACAAUGAAGUAGCCAUGUAUGUCCCAAGAGGACAGGGGAUCUUGGAAGUAAUGAGUUCUGAAAAACAUUAAACUCUGUUUCACUCUCUACAGAUGAUCCCAGACCUGCUGAGUUUCUUUAGCCUUUUCUAUACUUGUUUCAAAUUUCCAGCAUUUGCAUUAGUUUACUUUAAUAUUAUUAGAGAUAAUGGACCAAUGCAUUUGUAAUAACUCCAAAGAGGCUGGUAUCCCUUCACCAAGUCUCCAUUUAUUUACAUGUGGAAAGUCCUUAACACUGAUCUAAAUCCCUCCGAGCCAGUUCAGAGUGAACAGGAUGUCUGACACUC